UGUUCAAUGACAGAGCUUUUAAGCUCAACACUUCGAGCAAAUCAGGAAAUUGGGGUAUGCAAAAAAAGCUCUUUGCACUGCAGGGGUAAAAGAAAAACCCCCUAACGAAUGCAACACUGUCACUAACGAAGGGAAGCAAAGCUUUCGCAGGUACAAUCAAAGUUAUCACCAGAAGCUGAGAGUCAACGGAGACGCAAACAACCCUCGUGCAGGACAACGAAACGGUUGCGAGGAUGUGAUUUUGCUGCUGACUUCCUCAAGUCAACAACAUCGAACAACAAAUUUUUGCAGUCAGCAAAAAAAAAGAGUGCUUAACAGCUUGUUAGAUAGUUGUAGUGAAGUUUUGCUAAAAUGCGAAGUCGCACUGAGCUGGUGACCACCACAUUUGAUUUGGAUUCAGAUGAGGAGGACUAUAGUCCCGACGACGACGAUUCCGAGGAGGAUUGGCGACCCAAUAACAACAACAAGAAGCCGCAAACCAAACAAUCCGAAGCUGGCGGUGGCCGCAAACGCAAGUCCAGCGCUUCAACGGCAUUCAAGGCCAAGAGACGUGCGAUUGCUGCAGCGGCUGCAGCAGCAGCAGCGGCUGCGGCAGCUGCUGCUGUGGCAGCUUCCAAGGUGAGCGAUGAUGAUGACUUCGAGUCCGCUGACGACUUUUUGGAUGGCGACGAGGAGGAGGAUGAGGAUGAUUUGGAUACAGAGCACAGCGAUGAGGAUGAUAUCGAGUCGCCAGCUGCGAGCACCUCAACCAACAAACGUCCUCAGAGUCUGCCGCCAAAGAAGCAGUUUGCAGUGAAACUGACGCAGCUGGAUUUGCUAAUCAACAAGCGUGAAUUGUGUGCCAAGGAUUGGCUGCAGAAUGCACGUCUGUGUCUGUGGCGCAAGGAUGAGCAAACGAAGCUGUUGCAAAAGUAUUUGAGGGUCAAGACCACACAGGAUGCGGAACAGCAGCUGCUCUUCACCUCCAGCUCAGUGUACUCCAGCUGGGAUGAGCAGCACAUAGGUGACUUUGUGACCGUUAAAGUGAAUUGUUUGGAUCCGAAUAAUCGACGCAUUCAACUGGCUGAUUUAGAGGCUAUUAAAAAGUUGUCGCUGGAGCUGCAGGCGACACAACACGUGGCUGAUGAGGCGGCGGCAACAACUAAUUAACUUUCGAGUUUGUUUAAGCACACAACAAUUCCUAGCGUUAACUUAGUAUUAUUAUUAGUAUUUUAAAAGUUGAAAACGAUUUUCAAAUUUAAUGUUUAGUGAAAACAAUUUCAAUAUCAAAUUAAAAAUCGCGCAUUU